GAGGUAUUGAAAUGAUAUUAUAUUUAAGUUACAUUGGUUUAAAAAAACUAGAUUCUGUUAGAUACCUUAGCAGCUUUUUAUAAAAGGUUUGUUGGUAAAUUAUCAAGAACGAACAAGAACAGGAGCUUGAAUCGUGGAAAGAAAAGGAACCGCAAGCGUUGGAAUAAAAGCGUGGUUACUAAGUCGUCCACGUUUUGCGUGGGUCUUUAUGCUCGGAUUCAGCAGUAGAGAGAGUCGGGCCUGCAUCACAGUUAGUAGACCACAAUUUAGCAGGAAGAACUUUUUAUUGAAGUCCGGUAAGUGUUUUUAUUGUAUGAUUCCUCGGCUUAUUCUCUGCGUUCCCAUAAUAUCCCACCAGAGAACUCGUGCAUAGAGAUCUAACUUUGCAUAAUGUCUUUGCCGGUAACAUGCUUUGUCGAAAUUUUAUAAGCCUCUAUCUGGAACCGAACCACUACCACCUUCUCUUUGAUCUGAGACCAGGCCAGGCUCUGUUUUCCUGUUGCUUGGUAGGAGAGCUGGUAAAAAUUUGGCCAGUUCUCAGGCGUUGCAUAACUAGAGACGGAUAAUGAUUUUGGAACCAUGACGCUGCAAUGCUUCUCUUCUUUGGCGAUUGUUGUAGUAAGUUGAGUUCCGUCACGUUACGCUUGACAUUUUCCUUUUAGGUUUCUCUUCUGCUGCAGUCCCCUGUCCCGCUUUAUUAUAAGUUACAAAAUGUAUAUUUAAUUUGCAGUUAUCUUGUGGGAAUUUUUAAUUUAUUAUUUUCGCCUUAAAGUUCAGCAAAUGUUUCUGGCAUUUGCCCUGCAGGCGGUGUGAACGCUUCCUCACAUGUUAAGGGAAUAAAUUAUAGAUCUACUACAAAAUUCCGAAAAUAAGCCCCGGGUAAAUUAUUUAUUAGGGUAAUAUUAUUUUAUCAAAUUCCCUGGGCUUAUAAUACACAUUUUUACAAAUUAUUUGUCAACAGUUUUUCAGUGUACAAUGAUAAUCUAGUGAGCUAUAGAAUUUGUGACUGUGUGAUCUAUCAGAUAUUAACGUCAACAAUUAGAAGAAUGUUGAAGGUAUCAAAAGUGGAAUACUGGGUACAUUGUAAUACGCUUUUUGCAAUAGGUUGACACAUGAUCAACUUUCCAUAAACACAAAAACAGUUCACUUUGGGAAAAUGAUGUUAGCAGGAACUGAAAGAUGGUAUUAAAAUUAGGUAACCUGUAAAUUUCCUACCGUAUGUCUCAAAAGCUAUAAAUUUUGAAAUUUUCAAGCUGUUGUUAAAUCUUUCCCUUAUGCAUUACAGAGCUCAAAUUAGAUCAGAAUAUUAAAAUGCUUUAACUGUAUAUCAGCCAUAUGCAAACAUUGAUGACUAACGUAUUUCAUGGUUCUGUUAAGUGAAAUGUAUUUUUUGUUUUGGUUUGUGUAUAAAACCUUGUGUAUCUUGUUUGUUCUAUACCUGUCACUGUAUUAUUAUUGCUACCCCAGUUUGUAGAAUUUUGAUUUUUUUAUUUUGAUUAAAAAACUGAUAGUAGUUUGACGGAGGGUUUGAGCCAUACACUGGAAGAUUGACAGUUUUUAUUAGGCAAGUUAGUUGUGGCCAUGGUGACUUUACAUAAGAGCAGUGCAUCCAGCUUGAAUUUUGAAUUUAUGCCAUCAGCCAGUUUACACAGGUUUCCAAAUAACCUUUUUCAGCAACCCCAUAUCAGCCUUCCAUUUUUGCAUGAUAGCUGCAGUAACAAUGUGGUACAAGCACAAAUGCUUAUUACUGUAGUGCGGUAGACCACAGAUGUUACUGGUUAUGGGUUCAAAUAACAGCAUUGUUGCAUCGUUAUAACUUCCUAAACAACACCUUUACGAGUUUGAUAUCCAUGAGUUUUGUAAAGUAGUUAUCAAAAGCUGUGAACAAAAAUCUUUAUUAGUUAAAAAAUAUUUUUAAAUAUCUUCCUGAAAAUUGACAUGUACUGAAGCUGAGGAAACAACUGUGCCAAAAAUCAGUCCACAUUUAUUCAUUCAUAGCAUUUUUUCUUGAACCAUCUUUAAGUAAUGUACUUGAUGUGUUUAUUUUAAACCUUUGGCUUUUUUAGGGGCCAAUCAUUUGACUUUUGAAGUGGGGUAUGGGUGAUUUGGUUUGGGUACAUGUAAGAAUUUUUUUCCCAAACCUCUGGUGAUAGAUUUUUUCCCCUGACACGCAAAGACAUUACAUGGCAGGUAUUUCCUUGAAAUCAGUCUGCAGGAUAUUUUUUUUCUGAAAUGAUUUACUCCCUCAGAAGUCAAAUCGUCGGCCCCUAAAUUACUUUUUUUUCUGGUUGAAUUUAAGCCGGUUCAAAUUUCGUUUUUUCAUUCUCCAAACUACUGGAUAUAAUACAUUAAAGUACCUUAUUUGACACUGAAAUUCACUCACACCUUAACUUGACAGUUAACUAACUAUGCACCUGUACAGCUGCAGGACAAAAUAUUGUUUUGAAAACUGUCAAUCUAAAGACAGUGAUAAUGAUUAUAAAUUAUCAACAAGAUGUAAUAAAUAUUUAUUUUUUGAUUUUAUGUAUUAUUUAUUUCCUACAGUGUGUACCGUAUUUCUUCACCUAUAAGCCGAUCUCGGCUAUAAGCCGAGACCCUGACUUUCAGGGUCUUUACGCUAGACUCAAGCUGCCCCCAAAAAAAGGUAAAACCAUCGGCUAUAAGCCGAGAGCGAAAUUAUUGAUUGUAACUGGCCAUUUGAGCAAGCGAACCUCACGGAAAACAUAAGAAAUUGACUCACUAAACACAAAACCUAAUGAAUUACAAUAAACACAAAAGAAAAAAAGCGAACCAAUCAAGAGAUAUGAAUAUCAAUUGAUCCAACGAACUGUAUAAAUACUACCACGCGACAACAGAUUAACCACAACAACAAUAAUAAUCUCAGUUAAACGUUUCAAAGUAUCAAUCUAUCGAGUAUCCCUUUCGUCGCUGUCACUUUUUAUCAUCAUGCCUAAAGCACGCCGUUCCUCGUAUAGUAUGGCUUUCAAGAUAAAAGUUAUCGCGGAAGCUGAAGCGGUAAGCCGGGGGGGUAAAGUUAUUCAGCAACUGUAUAUUUUUAAAAUGUAAAACCCUCGGCUAUAAGCCGAACCCCGUUCUCCGUGAAAAAUCUCCCAAAAUUUUGGGUCGAAAACUGAAAAAAUCGCUCGGCUUAUAGGUGAAGAAAUACGGUAUUUAACUUCAUUUUAAAAUACUAUUAUUUCCUAUUCUUCAUACUAACUAUGCACCUGUACAGCUGCAGGACAAAAUAUUGUUUGGAAAGAGAGUGAUAAUGAUUAUAAAUUAUUAACAAGAUGUAAUAUAUACUUAUUUUUUUGAUUUUAUGUAUAAUUUACUUCCUACAGUGUGUAUUUAACUUCAUUUUAGAAUGGCUGACCACAAAAGAAUUCUAGUAACUGGUGGCACAGGGCUUGUUGGAAAAGCUCUAGAAGAGAUUGUAGCUACGGAGGAAAAGAGACCUGAUGAAACAUGGAUUUUUUUAUCCUCUAAGGAUGGUGAUCUUAGGUAAAUAACUGUUCAUAUUUACUGAUUCUAUUUCAUAUACAGUCAAACCUCUACUGAUGGCCACCUACAGUACAACGACCACCUCUCUACAAUGGCCACUUUGUUUUGUCCUGGCUGAGGGAUAGUCCAUACAUUGACUCUUAUUUAAACCUCUCUACAAUGGCAACAGCCACUAAAGCGUGUCCUCAACUGCCAAAAUAACCUCUCGUCAACAGCCAGUUUUUUAAGCCACUAAUGAAAAAGUCAACAAUGGUCAUGAAAUUUGAUCUGCGUGGCAUGUUGAGGAUUAAUCGUGGCAAUUGUACAUUUUGAUUUUGUUUCAUUUAUACUGCCGCAGUAGGCAUAAAGUGUCUACAAUACGGAUAGUGAAUGUUGCAAAACUUGCUCAUUUUGUCAUGUCAACAUUUUGAUUCAAAACAUAAUUCAAGCCUUUUGUGUAUUUUAUCUCACACUAUAUAUAUUAUUUAUGAUUGGAUUACCAUUAUGGGAUACAGUAAGCAUGAACUUAGCACAAUAAACAUGUUGCACUCCCUAAAACAUUUGUCAUAUAACACCCCUACCCCCCCCCCUCCCCCCUCACAAUAGGGAGCUUAAGAACAGGCAUGUUCAAGCAACGGACGUCAACCAGCAGUAAGGCCUUUUCCUUCUUAAUAUGCCUUGAUAAUAAAAAAUUUGUAUUCCUUAGCUUCCUUACUCUUAUAGAGACAAUUUGACUGAAAAUUUGGGCAAAACCAACGUUAAAAAAUGAAAAGGGGUGACUUCCGGUUGACGUGUGUCACUCAAAAACGUUGUUGCUUAAGCUCCCUAAUGGCCACCUCUCCACAAUGACCACGACCAGGGUGGCCAUUGUGGAGAGGUUCAACUGUAUUCGUUAACUGUGAUUAGUAUAUUUUUCGCAUGUUCUAUAAGCAUGUGGAAAGGGGAGAAAUAAGGGUUUGCAGUUUAUGUUAUUUUGCUUAAAUUUAAUUUUAAAAUGCUGUGUGGCAGUUAGAAAAUACUAAGUGGCUCACGGUUUUUUUAAGUUUUGUUAAAUUGUAAUGAUGUAUUGCAUAUCUUUUUACAUUAUUUUUUUUCCUGGGUGGAAAUCGGUUCCUUUUGCCCCCCUCAGAGAGCAACGUUCCAUUGCCAACCAGAUAAUGCUUAAGAGAAAUUGAGUAAUUUAUCAUGAUAUAUUAUUCAGGAAGAGAAGUAAUAAUAAUCUCAGACUGUCUGGCAUAUGUUGAUACUUCACAAGUCUUGUGUGAUGUCUUAUUUUUAAGCCUUUCCUUGAAUUUGUGUAACAAUCUACAUAAAGUACUAACAGAGUUUUGAAACAUUAUGCCACUAUUGUAGUGAUUCAGCGGCAACUAAAGCAAUUUUUGAAAAGCACAAGCCAACACAUGUGAUCCAUUUAGCUGCUCUUGUGGGUGGACUUUUCAAGAACCUCAAGUACAAUCUUGAUUUCUGGGUAAGAAUAGAACUACUUGACUCUAAUAAACACUAAUGGCUGGUCCCAAAGGGAAAUAUAUAAUUUUGUUUCCUAAGAAUCUCAAUUCACCUCAGGAAACGGUUGCUGUAACGGUGGUCAUCAGUUAACAUUUGCAGGUAACAGGGCACUGUUACCCAGUCCGAUGUCAUAGAUUUUGUAAUGUUGCCUGCUCUGAGAUUUUUUGGCAGGAAACAGUUUCAUUGUUAGAUGUCAUGUGACCUCGAAGUAACCAAUGAGAGUGCGCACUGUUGGGAAGAAAUUUCCAGCUAUAUGACAAGGAGAUACAUACUGUACAUAUUGUACAGUAGAUAAUUAUGCAUUAUUGACCAAGUCUGUUCAGUCAAGAUGGCUAGGUAUUGGCCAAGUUAUUUCUUUGUCUUUUUAUGGACAAAGAAAAACUUAAUUAAGGCCAAUAGAAAUGCAACAAAGAAUGACUCUAAUAUCCAACUAUCUUCACUGAACAAGCUUGGUCAAUAAAGGAUUUUAUAUAUGACCAAACCAAAAUCGUUUCUUUCGGGACCAACGCGGGAAACCCUGAGUGGGCAAGAACACAGGACUCACUUGAUCUUGCAAGCUCAUGGGACCAGCCAUAAUUAUAAUAAUGGGGAGUAAUAUUAAAUCAGUGAUUUAAUCUUUGCUGAUGUAUGAGCAGAAAUGUGGCUCAUGUUUGAUGUCCCAAUGUGAAUCUAGCUAAAAUGUUAUGCACUUCGUUCAAUGACACUGAAGUGCUUCAUUCUGUCUUGAGUCAAGAAUUAUUUCACUGACAUUUUCCUGUCCAGGGAUAAAGAACAUCACUUUUCAAUGCUUAUUUCCCAUGUCAGGCUUUGGGUUAUGAGGAUUGCUUGAUAAAACUGAAAAAAGUUUUCCCUGAAUCCUGCAGCACAGAGGGUUGUUAUACUUGGCAUACAGCUGUACUUUUUAAAAUGUCCUUUUUUUGGACAUUUUUUAAGGUUAUAAAUAAAAAGUUGUUUUACAAAAAGGAGCAUGACUGGAUUGAGAAGAAUGUGGACAUCUUGUUUUAAUUGCAUCAGUCAAAAUGAAAGGAUUAAAUUCAUUUUUCAUUGAGUUACCCUUGAGGAUUCCUUGUACUGGCUUUUGUACUGAGCUAUUCAUUUAAUGGAAAUUUUGUAAUAAGUACAUGUAGUUGAUAAAUUAUGUUAUUGACUUAUUUGCAGAGGUUAAAUACCCUGAUCAAUGACAAUGUUUUGAAUACUUGUCACUUGACUAAGGUGAGUGUCCAAGUGGCUAAUUAAAUAAUGCAAGGUAUUUCCAUCAUAAUGUCAUUAACAGUAUUGUUGGAUGAGGCUGAGUAUCAUCUGAAGAAUUAUGGAGAUCAAGGAGGGUUAGGCCAUGGUGGAUAACACCCUCCGAGAUCUCCAUAAUUCUUCAGAUGAUAUAAAAGGUGAAUUCAAUAAUUGAUUUAUAAUUUAUUUAAGAUAAUUCUUAGUUAAAUUGAAAACAAGCUAAAAUAAGCUUUCCUCCAUCGAUGUUACGUUCAUCUUGGAUAGUACAUGUUUAUCGGCAAGUUUAGGAGAUAAAGUGUUGCUCAGUUCUACAAAUAUUGUCCAAAUAGCAGAUGCCAUCUGUCAAGUUGUCUUCUUGCUGUUCUUGCUAUGUUUUUAGCCAAUAGUUCAUUUAUUUCUUCCUCUUGAAACGAGUGAAAUGUUCCGCCAUUUUGUACUCGCUACCAAAACAACUCAACCUCGUCCCCAGGUCUUCUCAGUUAACUGUUCAGUUUUCUGGCAAUGCAAUUAUGCUGCACAAUCAACAUCACUUUUUAACAUAUCGCAAAAAAAAAAUGUUUUCUACCACAUUCCUCCAGAACCCUUUACAGUUUUAUAACUAUUGAUAAGUGAUUGUGACAUUUUGUUUUGGUUUUCAUGGCUCAGGUAAAGAAGUGUGUUUCUUGCCUUUCAACGUGCAUUUUCCCAGACAAGACCACGUAUCCCAUCGACGAAACAAUGGUGCAUAAUGGUCCACCACACACCUCUAACUUUGGUUAUUCAUAUGCCAAACGUAUGAUUGAUGUACAGAACAGGUGAGUGACGGGGUGGGAAGAAACUGCAGUGCAGCCUUAGUUUGGGUUGAUCUGCAACACUCUUUAGAACUUCUAGUGGUAUCCUUUGACUGAAUUCAUGACUCCCCUUUGGCUUCUUUCUUAUGUCUUGAGCAAAAAUAAAGUAAAGAAGAGUGCUCCAAGGGCAGCUUUUUUCAAAGUCACCUUUUUGCCAGACAUAAAUUUGGUUGUCACAAAAAAAAAUAGUGCAUUGAUACAUGAAAAGUUUGGAGAAGUCAUGCUAGGCAGGCAUACUUACCUUCCUUUACACUUCUUGUAAUCUGGUAUUUUUAAAAAUCUGAAGAAAUAUAUCUUCAAAUCUGUAAUAUAAUAUAAAUGGCCUGUAAUAUAAGAUAAAUGGAGAAAAUAAAUAAAAUCCAAAAGUUGCUUGCUUGGCCAAAAAGCAACUUGUAAUUAAAAUUUGCUCGCGUGACAGAUCAUUCCACUGGCCCCACUCUAUUGGACAGCACUUUUGUGGUACCUUGUUUGUUAGAGAUGAAAGGUACAGGAACCUUUUUAAGGAAGAGGGGAAAAUACCCAUGGGUCUUUCAUGGUACAAGAAUCAAGUACUGUGUGGAUUCUCUGUGGCUCAUUAGUGGUUCAUAAGCUGGUAUUGAUGCCUACUGGGUCCAUACGUAUUAUUUUAACAGUUAAGAAUUAACUAGUGAUCAAUAUUUUGCAGGGCUUAUCACCAACAGCAUCCAGAUGGAUGUUUGUUUACCAGUGUUGUUCCCACCAAUGUUUAUGGAAAGCAUGACAACUUUAAUUUGGAGGAUUCCCAUGUUCUUCCUGGAUUGAUGCAUAAAGUAUACCUAGCACAAAGUGAGUUUGAAGUAACCAUUUGCUUCGUUUUUGAUUAUCGAGACAAACACGUAUUCAUUUGACAAUAGCAGCAAAUGCUUUUGAAUUACAAUAAGUUGAACUUAACUGGUGCACGGUCUGGUCAAUUUGACCAAGCACUUGUCUGCCGAGUGGGAGAUUAUGGGUCCAAACCCUGGUUGGACCAACUCUCAGGGUCGUAAAAUAAGUGACGAGAAUUUACUGCCUUUGUUUGACAUCUACAAAAUGGUUAGACAUUCUUGUCUUCUCUCAUAAGAAUGAUAAACUUUAGGAACGGCUGGUCUCAGAGCUCUUUCAUUGUUGCGAUCCUUGUGGGAUGUAAAAGAACCUACCCUGCUCUUCGUUAAGUGUAGGUGACAACUAGGCCCUGGUAGUUUAGUGGGGGUCAACAUUGAAACAUCAAGUGUCUUAACAUGUAAUGCAUUAAUUGCUGUAGCGGAUCCACAUCAGCCCUCCCUCCAGCUGCCUGACUAAUGAGGCCUAAUAGCAGUAUGUAGAUUCAGUGCAUGGUUGUUGCCUUUGUCAAGCAGUGCAGAUAACAUUGCUUUUUUUGUUCUGCUCUUUGGUUUAGAGGAAGGCAAGCCUCUUGUAGUUUGGGGAACAGGCUCACCCCGCAGGCAGUUCAUUUAUUCAAAGGUAUGACUUUGGAUGUUAAUGCAAAUCUUGAGAAUUUAACUGAAACUAAUGGUUAAUAACUUACUGCGUAUAUAUGUAUUACCUAAUUAUAUGAUCAUAAUAAACAUAUCUAGUAAAGACAAUGCAACAUCGUAAGAGUGUAAAGACACACAGAAAACACCUAAUGCUCUGGUGGUCAACCGCUCUGACAUUGGUCAAUCGGUUUUUUGGAUCUACACUUACCCUUUCAUGCUGCCUUUGCUAAAUCUGUGUUAUGUAUCUACUGGUGCCUUCUGCCGACUAAUACAAAGUCCAUUCUUAUUUAUGUCACCAUUUCUGUAAUAUGGUCCUCUUAGAGCAGUAUGUAGGUCCAGACAGCUUAGUUGUUUUAUAAUCCAAGUAUUUUCGGGAUUUAACUUGCAGAAUGUCUGUCAGCAUAACAUUGCUGAUUGACAGCAGUAAAGUGCUCUAUAAAUUCAAGGAUAUAACAAGAUUAUGAAAACUGAUGGUUCUGAAUUUUUUUAAAUUUAGGAUCUUGCAAGAUUAAUGAUCUGGGUUCUUAGAGAGUACAAUGAAAUUGACCCCAUAAUCCUGUCAGGUUGGUAGAUUCACUAAACUCAGUAUGGCUUAGUUGCUCCUCAUCUGCUUAUUUCUUUCUGUUUGCAGUGUUCCUCACUGGUAUUUAUUUCCAGUCAAAUCAAAUGUCAUCUUAAGUUUCCCUGAGAUAUUAUGUACAAAAUAUAUGCACAUUUCUUCAAAAGUUUGUUAUUCUCAUUGAGACCUCAGAUCUCUUCGACUGUAAAGUUUAGAACCUUGUUUUUACAUGUCGUGCUUUGAUUGGUAAAUUAAGUACAUGUAACCUGAUAUGAACUUUUAUUUAUUUGGUUUGAGUUCCAUAUGAGUUACAGAAUAUGAGAAAAACAUCUGAUUUGUCCUGUACAUUUACAGCCUCCCACGCAGGUGUUUAUAGGGGGCUGGUAUUUUGUCCCUUCCGCAAACUCCUCUUCUUAUUUCUGCUUGUAAAAAUGUACAAGGAAAGGCCAUUUCGUAUGACCUGUAGUUUUAAUUGUAUGAUUUAAUUGUGUCAAAUAGGUAAUCUGUGGUAAUGUUUUGCUGUUUGCAGUUAAUGAAGAGGAUGAGCUGUCUAUCAAGGAGGCUGCAGAGUUGGUUGUGGAAGGAAUGGGUUUCAGAGGAGGGCUAGAAGUAUCCUUAUUAUAAAAUAAAUGUUCUGUUAGCCCUAAGAAUGGGUAAAAGUGAAGAGGAGUUCCCCUAAAAGUCUGUAGGUCUACUGAUGGCCCCUAGCCUAUUAACAGUUGUGCACCAGAUAACAAGACAGGGUUUUCUUCUGGUCCAGAAGCCUUUGCUCGUACAAAAAAAGCCGUCCACAGAGUUUAUAUGCAUGUUACCAACAAUUUAUUAAUAAAACAAUCUUAAUCUCUGUUUUGUUCUGAAAACAAAACGAAACGAACUUGGACAUGAAAAAGCUCUCAGCAGGUCUUAAACAGGGUGGCAAAUGAACAUUUUGUUGUCUUAAACUGGGUCAUGGUUUGAAGGCUUCGACAGGACACCUCUUUCCAAACUAUACGCUUCUGGGAAACUGCCCACCUACCCCACCCCUGAGCCAAUAUUUUGCCCCAAGUGUGAAGUAAGUGUUGAUGUUGGCUUAGGGGAGGGGUAGGUGGGCAGUUUCUCAGAAACGUAUUGAUCACCCCAUUCAGAAUGUAAGGGCUCCACCUACAAUGUACUUAGCCCAGCAUAGUCAUGGCCCUCAGUUUUAGUCGAAGGGGAUCAUAAGAUAACACUUUGUUGCGGAAACGGGGACAUAAAAGGUGAAGUAGUCCUUAACAUGGAUGUUAGUAUGACACAACCAAGUCAGAUGGCCAGUUCAAAAAGACAGCAAGUAAUGCAAAAUUAAGAAAAUACCGACCAGACUUCAAGUUCACGGAUCCUAAGAUUGGUAAGUCAGCAGGAUCUUUCUGUGUUCUUGGCCCUUGGUCUCUGAAUACAAUAACACUCUUUAAAUUGUUAUUAGUUUCCUCAAAGCAGGGUCAGCCAGAAUUUUUAAAAUAGAGAAAGGUGGUGUCAGGGCUCCAUUUAAACUAGCUCUGCUAAAUUGGAUGCCCCUGGAUAAAUAAAUAAAUAAAGAUUCCUGGUGUCAUGAGAUUCCUUACCCAAUAGUUAGAUCUUUAGGGGUGUGUGGUUCCUCUGGUAUAACAUCCCUGAGGGUGUGAAAUUGCUUGGGGUAUAAAAUUCUUUGUGUCCUUCCCUUUUUCGGGAUGUAAGAUUCACUUGCGUCAUGCCACUCUCUAGAGUAAAAGAUUCCUUUUGUCAACAAAUUUCUUGUUUCAUAACUGUGAUAAAUUCCUUGGAGCUCUUGUGGUAUAAUAAACUACGAGUAGUCCCCAUUUUUCCUCAGGGAUAGUAGAGCGAGCGAAACGCAAGCGCUCGUGAGAAUCACCCCACGCGAGAAAGGCGAGACGCGGCGGGGAAAGAGAAAAAUUUCUCGCGUGGGGUGAUUUUCACGCGCACUCGCGUUUCGUUCGCUCUGUUAACACUGAGGAAGAAUGGGGGACUACUCGUAGUCUAGUGGUAUGACAUUCCUUAGGGCUGGUACCUUGGAGUGAAAUUGCUUGUCCCAUGACAUUCCUUUCGUGACGAGAAUUCUUGGGAUAUGACAUACUUUAGGAUAAAUAUUCCUUGGGGUGUAAGAUUCUUUAUGCCUUGGGCUGUUACAAUGUAUGGUUCUUGUGGUAUAAAUGUUUUAUUGGGUGAAAAGUUCCUUGUGUCACAACUUCAUCCCCAGGGUCUUCCACUAUUCGUCCCGCAGAGCGAGAAGGGGCGAUAGUCAGUUGGGAUAUUCAAGUGUUUGCCCUUUUUUUCCUGCAGAAGUGAUAAUGUUUCUGUUUUCUCGUCCUAUUUUAGCUAUCAAGGAAAGCUGCGAGUGGUUCCUGGCCAACUAUGAAACUUGCCGAAAGUGAUGAAUUUAGAAUUUUUGAACUGUUGGUUGUAUACGGAAGAAUCUGGUUUAGUCAAGAAUAUAAUAUUGGAACUAGGAAUGUACUGUUUUAGUCCAAGUUAUUAUAAUUAUGUGCUUGUCAUUAAAAUGACUACAGCAAAUAAAGGCAUCGAAUGGUG